AUGAAGUCCAGUAGCCUCUUCUCCGUUGUGGUGCUUGUUGCUCUGGGAACCCUGGCACCUUGGGCUGCGGAAGGUGCAGAAUAUGAAGUUUCAAAAGCUGGAGCCUGCCCUGCUCAAAGCCAGGUCAAGUGCCUUAGAAUUGUGAUACCCGACUGCCACAGCGAUGGGGACUGUCCAGAGAAGCAGAAAUGCUGCUCUGACGUUUGCAGUGUCAGAUGUGUGGAUCCUGUUGACGUUGUGGAGCCAACAGAGGAGAAGGCUGGGAAGUGCCCAGUGGUGGAAUUCGAAUGUUUGAUGCUGAAUCCGCCCAACCAGUGUGAGACAGACAGCCAGUGCGAUGGUAAUCUCAAGUGCUGCAAAGGCAGCUGUGGGAAAGCCUGCCUCUCCCCCGUAUGAGCCUGAUUCCUGCCACAUGGAAGCAGCUCUGACUUCCCACUCUUCAUAGAUAGGCAACACCUGUGUUUCCAGGUUUUCAUUUUGGGACUUUGAUAGUGAGGACUUGUUUCCACCCAGCACAUCCUCACAAUGGCUUGACACACAACACGUUCUGGCAAAGCAAAUGCUGAUGAACUCACGAAUAAAUUAACGAGCACAUUUC